AAUGAAUGGAGGAACCAGGAUGAGGAAAAAGAAGAGAGUGGAGCAGAGCACCCAGACAGAAAACCUGAUGAAAGAGGCAGAAGCACAGACGACGAAGACUGAAGAGAGAAAAGACCAGCAAGAAGUGGUGGAAGGGGCCAGAACAGACAGACGCCCAAGGAAGAAGAGAAUGGUAAUCAAGAAAACCCCAGUACGUGUCAUUGGAGACAGCAUGGUAAGGAAGACUCCCGACUUUGUGAGAAGGGAAAUUGAGUGUACCAGCAUGGGAGGUGCUAAGAUCCAAGACGUCAAGAGGAAAGUCAAGGAAGAAGUGCAAGAAAUGGAAGAGAGAAGCCUGCUAGUUGUCCAAGGAGGAGGCAACAACUUAGUAGAGGCAGGUGCUGAAGACACAGUAAAGGAAGUGAUAGAAGCAGUGAGGACAGCAGAAGAGAAGAUGUGUGUGGUUGUGGUGAGGGUCCUGCGGCGCCCACGGGAAGGAGUGCAGUAUGAGAAGGUCAGAAGAGAAACGAACCGCAAGAUAUGCAUGGAAUUAAUGAAGGUCAAGAUGGAAUGGAUGGCAGAGAAGAAGGGCAACGUGAGCUUCCUGGACAUGGAUGGGAUCCUCGACCAGGACAAAUUCUUCGGGAGAGACGGGGUCCACCUCAACCACAACGGGAAUGAGAGGCUAGGACGUCGACUGGCCGAGUGGAUGAGGGCGAGGCAGGUGUGUUGUGUGGACGACGCAUGACGAGGAGGACCCACUGAUGUCUGCAAACAUGAAAGAAAAGAGACUAACCAGGCAAGUAAAUGUGUGAAGAUUGGCUGUAUGAAUGUGAGAGGAUGGGGUGUGGGCAAGUUUGAGGAUGUAUGCAAGGAGCUCAGGGAGUGGAGGUUCGACUUAGUCGGGCUCACUGAGACUCACCUGAGAGAUGAUGUACGAAUGGAGGGAUGCGAGUAUGUUAUGAUUGGAAAGGGGCGUAAGGCACAGGGAACACUGGGAGGAGGCGUAGCACUACUCUACAAGAAAGAAAGAGGACUGAAAGUAGAGAUUGAUGUGGGGGAGUGUACAAGUAGUGAGGAUGUGCUUGCAGUAAGAGUGGAAUGCAUGGAUGGUCGUGGCAGACCAGAGAAGGUGGUACUGGUGGUAGCAUACAUGACUGUCAUGGGUGAAAGAGCAGAGAGGGAAAAUAGGAGGAAGUAUGACAUACUUAAGAAAGUUGUGAGAGAGCAUGGAGGGAAGAGAGUGCUAAUUAUGGGUGACAUGAAUGCACAUGUGGGAAUACUGGGGGAACAGGUGAACAGGAAUGGUGAAAUGCUUGGAGAGUUUGUUGAUGAACUGGAGCUGGAAAAUCUGAAUGUUACUUUGGCUGAGGGGCGUGUGACUUGGAGUGCAAGAGAACAGGAAUCGGCAAUUGACUACAUGUUGGUGAAUGGAAGAAUGCGUGAAAUUGUGUCGCACAUGUGGAUAGAUGAGGAUGGUUUGGUUGAUAUUGUGUCCGAUCACAACAUGCUGGUGGUGAUCUUCUCUUCCGAGCGAGGGCACAGUGUAUGGAUGUGGAUGCAAGGAGUUACAGGUGGUCUGAGUCCCGCAGCAAAGUGUGCCAGAUGUGUGACAUGGGAGAGGAUGAGACGGUGGAACAUGUGGUGCUGGAGUGUGUGAAGCAUGCCAGAGACAGGAAUGAGAUGAUGCAAGUGAUACUGACUGAGUUAGGGCAUGAUAGGAAUGAAAGAGUGGAGAAGACAGGAAAGGAAUGGAUGGUGUUGUGCUGGGACUGUGUAGAGAGGCGAAUGAAAGGAUGAUUGAGGCGGUAAAAGAGUUUCUGGAGAGAAUGUGGUGUGCCAGAUGUAUGAAAAAUUAGGAUAGAGGAUGCUGUUCGUUUCUCUUUUUUUUCCCUUUCUACAGGAGUUGCCGAUCCAAAGGCCUGGCUCAGGAGUGAUCCUGUGCCACCUGUACCAUCAAGAUCAAGAUCAAGAGUUCAGAGAAUAUGUGUGACCGUUUCUGUAUUUUUCAAGACAUCUUUUUCGUAUUCCCCACACGCGGCAAACCCUCCCUCACUGCGGUUCACAGAAACCUUCGGCACGUCAGUGUGGCUCAUGCCAGCGAAGUGAGAGGAGAUUUAGAAAAUGCAGCCUGUACAAUUUUAUGGUGGACCUGGUUCCGCAGAAGAAAGGGAAGAUAGCCCACAGGAAGAGUCUGAUGAUGAACUUUAUGAAACAGAGUCAUCUUGCUCAUCUGAUAGCCUAUCAACUGAUGCAAUUUCUGAAAAUGAAAACGUAACUGAAGAGGAAGAAGAGGAAGAAGAUUCUGUAAAUGAUGUAGUUGCAUCGUCUGUCUGUAGCUGGAAAGCUGUGGCUUCCACACAGCGUUCAUUCCCAUUUACAGUAAAGGAAGAACUCUGUGUGAGACCUUCAUCAUCAGUGGAUGGGAAGAUUUGGCCAGUUGAUGCUUAUUUACUGUUUUUGACUGAUGACUUAGUAGAUUUGAUGGUUACUGAAACUAAUCGCUAUGCAGAUCAGUUGAUUGCUUCUAGAGUACUGACAAGGAAAUUUAGGUUGAGAGCAUGGGUUCCUACCACAAGUGCAGAAAUAAAAAAGUUUUUAGGACUGAUUCUCCAUAUGGGUGUAAAUGUCUUGCCAGAAACUUCCCUUUAUUGGUCAAAGAGUGUUCUUUAUGAAAAUAACUUAGUUCCAUUGACUAUGGAGAGAGACAGGUUCCAGCUUUUGCUUAGGAUGUUCCACUUUGCAGAUAACAGUCUGCCUCACACAGGAAGGUUUUACAAAGUGAAACCUCUCUUUGACAAGAUAGUGCAAAGAUUUCAGGAGGUCUAUAAACCAGGUGAGGAGGUAGUUAUAGAUGAAAGCAUGGUUCCAUUUAGAGGAAGAAUAUUCUUCCGACAGUACAUUCCUGGAAAAAGGCAUAAAUAUGGAUUGAAACUAUAUAAACUAUGUACUACAGAGGCAUACAUUUUGAAUUUAGAACUAUAUUGUGGUGUAUCUGAAAAAUAUCAGUCCUUAGGAAAAACUGAAUCAGUCGUUGCAAGAUUGAUGUUACCUUUGCUUGAGAAAGGAGUUACAUUAUACACAGACAAUUUUUAUACAUCUAAACCACUUGCUGAUUACCUUCUCUCACAUAAAACAUAUCUGUGUGGCACAGUGCGUGCCUUCCGUAAAGGCCUUCCAAAGGAAGUGACUAAGGCCAAAAUCAAGAAAGGUGAAGUAGCUUCUCUUGAAAAUGAUGAAGGCAUCAAGGUCUUCAAUUGGAAAGAUAAGAGAAAUGUAUUUAUUUUAUCAACAGUUCCUGAGCAUGAUGACAAACUAAUUGCAACAGGUAAACUUUCAAGAAAUGGAGAAGAAAUAAAAAAACCUAAGUGUGUAAUGGAUUACAAUAAAGCAAAAAAAGGAGUUGAUCUUUCAGAUCAAUUGUCAUCAUAUUAUACAGCACUGAGAAAAAACAGAAAAUGGUAUAAAAAAGUUGCACUUGAGUUAGUCACAGGAUCUUGUGUAGUGAAUGCUUUCAUUAUUUUCAACAAAUAUCUUUCAGACAAAAAAUGGACCUUAUUGCAAUUCAAGGAGUCAAUCAUUCUUUCACUUCUAACUGAUAGUCCAUUUGAAAAAAUAAGACCAGGCAGGAAACUAUCAUACAAAGUCAGUCCCUCAGGCCCACAGCAUUUUCUGUCAGAAGCUGAAGGAUCAAAGAGAGAGUCUCGAAAGAGAUGUGUAGGGUGUUAUGAAAUGAUAUCCACAAACAAAGGAAGUAAAGUAGCAUCAAAAAGAGCAAAGAAAAUAUCUACAUUUUGCAGCUCAUGUGAUGGCAAGCCUUAUCUCUGUCUGUCAUGCUUUGAAACUAAGCAUUCAAAGUGAAAAGAUCAAUAAAGAAGAUAAUUGAAGCUUCAUAAGGAAAGUCCAAUCUGUUUCAAUUAUUAAUUUUGUCAUAUAAAGGAUUUAUGUUCUAAAGGGAUUUCUUGCAUUUAUUAGAAGAACAAUAUGAAAAAAAUAUUAUUUUCAUUUAACAGAGAGAAUUCAUGCUCAUCUG